AUGGAGGAGAUAGUUGAAGCCGCGAUCACGUCAACAGGAGCUGCUCAGAAACCAAAAGGAGAAAUGUUGGAUGUCUUCAGAAGAGAUGAUCCAAACUUUGACAAGUUCCAAAAGUGGUAUUGCGAAAUCGCCAACACGAAAUUCAAGGAUGAGAAUGAUGAGUUGAAACAGCUGAAAGAAGAAGCUUGCAGGCCUGAGAACGCUGAAAAGAAACGACCCAACCAAUCUACAAAAACAAUGUGUGAAUCUUACGACGUUGCAGCCAAGAAAUACGAAAAACUGACUGAGGACCAGAAGGUCAUCUCAGCAGGAAAGCGUUACGCGCUGACCAUGUACUCCACAACGUUUGCUAACAAGUUCAACGCCGAUCUCAGGAAAGAUGUAUACGUUAAAAUAAUGAUUUCAGGGAAAUUUGAUCAGUACCGCGUGUUCAAUGCCCUCUUGUUGCAAGCCCUGCAGUCCUUGCAAAAACCAUUGAAAACAACCUUUCUCUUCAGGGGUUUGACAGAUUUAUUUACGCUACCUGACAACAAAAGUUUCUUCUUCAAGACCUUCACAUCCACCACUCCUGACAGCACAGUUGCAAACAAAUUCAUUUCCCUCAGUGGAAGGCCAGGAACCCGCCUGCAGUUCAACGUCACCGAAGCCAAAGAUUUGGUAGGAGCGGAGAUCAUCAUCUUUUCAGAGUUUUCAAAAGAAAAUGAAGUUCUUUUGUCGCCAUUCAAUGAAUUCAAAUUGGACCGGCAGGACAAGAGCACUCUUUUUAUGAGUUACCCGAAAGAUCAGUAUUUCAGGAACUACAAGUGCUAA